AUGGCAUCCAUUGCAUCCCUACUAAAUCCGGAACCAGAAGAUUUUCAGAGAAGCCAUCAGCUUCCUACGCCGUCUUCCAGUCGAUCAAGAGACUUUACUACAGCACCACAGAGACAGAAAAGGCAAAAGUUAUCCAAGGACGGUGCCGUCUUCACUAGAGGAAAGGUCAAGGGCGAAGUCAGAUAUCCUCCCUGUGAGUACCAAGACACAGAGCUAGAAAACGCUCAUAGAGAGUUUGAAAUCCAUCCGAUGGGACACAUUACAGAGUUCCCUCGACAUAUACCUUACAACAGCGAAAAGAAGUCAUUUCUUGAAAAGACUGGACGGGAAAGCUUUGAAGUUUUCCAAUAUACGUUCAGAAUCCCCGGUGAAGAUAAAAUACAUACGGUCAUGUGGGAUUAUAACGUUGGCCUCGUUCGAACGACGUCGCUUUUUAAAUGCAAUAACUACCCCAAGACCGCUCCAGGAAAGAUGCUCGAUGCAAACCGAGGCCUUCGAGAGAUAUGUCAUAGUAUCACGGGCGGAGCUCUAGCCGCACAGGGGUAUUGGAUGCCCUUUGAGGCAGCUAAAGCCGUUGCGGCUACGUUUUGCUGGAGGAUCCGAUUUGCCUUGACGCCACUAUUCGGGAGGGAAUUUAUAUCAAUAUGCAUUCCACCAAGUGACGAAAGGUUUGGCAGAAUGAUCAUUGAUCCGGAGAUCAUUCGAUCAGCCGCUAGCACUGCAGAUCGCUUGCGUCAUCUAGAAACAAAGCGAAGUUCGCCCAGUUUAUUGCCGAACACUAUUGCAUACUUCCCAGGCACUGAAGGUUCGGCCCGCGCGCAUGCGAAGAACCUAAGGCUUAAACAUAUUCGCAAGCCUGUGGUCAACUACGAACAUGACGAAGAAAUUGCCAGUCGCGAAUAUUGCCGGCCUCGCGCACUUCCCCACAGUGGCUGGACUGCUACAAACUCUUUGCGGACAGCAUCCUCGGCGCAACUUAGUAUACCGUCGCCCGGGGAGAUUCUCGCCUCCCUCUCGGGCAUUCACGACAGGCGACGAAGGGUAUCGGCUCUAUAUGAAUCCGACUCGGUCGCUGAUGACGUUAGUCUGCCACCAAAAUCAGCUGCAUCCGAAUCAAGCGAUGGCUCCUAUACCGAUGAUGGAUCGAUGAUGGAGUCCUCGGACUCUGAGCCGGACGACCCGCUAAGAAGGAGGAAUUCUCCUUUACCGCUGACGAAUGAUGCAAGAGCAGCGUAUAUGCUGAUGCGAUUGCAUAUGCAGGAAGCUGUGGGGGUGGAUGAUGAUUCCCAGCGGAAGAAGCGUCGAGCGUCGACGUGA